CGGAAUAAAGAAUUGAGCAAUUGGAACGAUACUCGUUUGUUUAUGCUACUGUUGUAUGCGCAAAAGUGCCUUGUGCGUCUGCCUACAGUGGCUUCGAAUGACAGUAAGCCCUGAUGUUACAGGGCACUCCCCAAAAACAGCCGCUGCUCCACGGCUAUUCCGUGCUUUCCACAUUCUUUGCAUUUACAGUUAAAGUCGAGCCAGAGAGUCUGCAGUUGCGAUGCCGAAACGACCAGCGACGCACUUUGUGUGGCCCACUACUCCCUGCCUCAGCCCCCAGAAGACGAAUUUCAUAGGAAAACAAUUGAAAGAGGAAGAAGAAGAACAGACCCAGCUGUUCGUCUGAAAACGGCAUCUGGACAGCGACUUCAGGAUUCUGCCGUGGGGAAUGGGGCCUGCUCCACCUCUGCCUGUACCGAUCCCGCGAGCCCCCUGCGUGGUACCUGCCGCCUUCCUGCUGUUCUCGCGCCAGGAGCACAUUGGGCCGCAUCUCGACCGAAUACAGCGAGGGGAACGGAACCACGACAACGAGCGGAUACCCUUCAAGGAUGUUGGCGAUGCGCACGCCCUAAACGUGUCGGUGGCGGAGCGGUGCAUCUACUGGACUGACCAGCAACAUCUACUGGUCCGAUACGGAGGCAAGUCUUAUCGUGGUCGCCCGCCUGGAUGGCAGGAGGUGGAAGAAGCCGCGUUCCCUAGUCCUCGAGCAGCGUCGCGGGUACAUGUACAUGGACAGAGUCACCUAGGACUCCAUACGCCGCGCCACGAUGGACGAAUCCGAGCUAUAAUCAUGGCCGGGAGCUCAGAUUCGAUUGGAGACAACGAAUGGAUGGCGACAAUUACUGGUUGGCAGUUAGGACUACGUGUACUAGAAAGACUGGAGCACCGGGAACAUUGAUCAAGACUGGCCAGAGCCGCAGCCUCGCCAAAAACGUGCCCUGCAUCCUCCCUAGCUCCACCAGACUGCCCGAACGUGCCGCUGCCGGUGUCCGGCAAGAAUAUCCGUGCCCAGCUUCCUGGAUGAACUCGCAGAAGCCUCGCAACAUUGCCGUGCAUGCCAUGAAGGCGAGGCGUCUGCUUUUCUUGACAGAUGUCGGUAGCCAUCAGGCCACAAAUUCACAGGAAAACCGAGCCUAAUCGCCGCCCAGACCAAGGCGGGAAAAAAUAACCUAGGGAAAAGGAUAUUAUAUAAUUGCGGAAAUGUUUAUCAUCCCAGGCUCGAAUUAAUGCAGAAACUAUUCAGUUUCUGUUUUAAAGAAAUUUUAACGAUAUUUUGCAAUUAGUGGUCUUCUUAUAGAGACCAAGAAUGAGUUUCGGGAUCAGGAUAUAUAUACAGGAAACUAAUCAAAUGCAUGAAUAUGUCUAAAAC